AUGAUUCAAAAGUGUUUGAGGUAUAUCCUAUCUCCGAGUCUCUACAGCUACCUCUUUAAAAGCCCCCAACAACCAGUUAGGGUUUCAUCGCUCAUUUUCAAUCGCUACACCUUCAUCACAAUCGCUUCAAUUGCUUAUCGUGUUGCCAUGAGGAGAAAGACUAGGGCUGGACUUAAGGUUGGAACUCCAACCUCUGCACGAAAGCUUAAGGAUGAAGAGGAUUUGGUGAUUGCUACGGUGGAUUCCGAUAGUGGUGGUGAUGAGUCUGGGGUUCAGCGUUCGGACAAGGAUGUGAAGAGGGCUAAAGUUGAGUCCAGUGACAAGGAGAAAUCUGACAAUGGUAUAGCUACUCGGAAAAUCAUUUUGGGCAGACCUAUCUCGGGUAAGGCAUUCUUCAAUUGCGGUGUAAUUAAGCUGUUCUCUGACUUAGGGUUUGAAUCUUUGAUUGUUGAUUUACCGAAAAUCUGCUAUCCCUCUCUUGUGCGUGAGUUUUACUUGAAUUUGCAUGAGAACCCAUCUGGUCAGAUUGUGUCGUUUGUCUCGGAUACAAAGAUAACACUUUCGCCUAUGUUUUUGAAUGCUAUUAUUCAAGCUCCUCCCUCCCCUGUUUCAAUCCAUACUAAACGAGGAUUUAAGCAAUUAAAUGAUUUUUCUGUGAAAGACCAAUUUCUUGUUUUAUUUGGUCAAGAUGUUCCUACUGAAACCUUUCCAUCUACUACACAAAUUUUACCCUUAGCUCAUGCUGUGUUUAAGGUUUCAAUUGAGAAUCUGUGUCCUCGAUUGGGUACUCGAUCCAAUCUGUCGGCACAAGAUGUUGUUGUGGUUUCAAUGGUUAUGGCUGGGAAGUCCUUUGAUGUUGGGGACUUAAUUUUAAAUAAUAUGAUUGGUGCUCUUGAGGGAAAAUCUACUGCUGGAUUGCCAUAUGGGUUGCUUCUGACUCGAAUUUUCGAGUGGUUUGGUGUCAGUUUUGAUGGUAUUGAGUCUGUUUCUGCAAAAGAGUUUUUGGAUGUUAAAUGUCUUAGUCAGUCUAAUUUGAAGGUGGAAAAAGAUGGUAGUUUAUCUGUGAUGGAGGUUCCAGUUGCUACUCCAACCCCUGCUGUUGCUCCUCCGUGUGUUGAUUUGGGUUUGUCUGCUAAGGAGAUUAUGGAAUUCAUGGAUGAACUCCGUGAUAACCAUAAGCAGUUGGUUGAGGGUCAGAAGUUGUUGUCUGAGCAAAUGGAUGAUUUGGCCAACCAAUUUCAGUUCUGGAAAGAUAUAGUUUUUGGAGGAAAGACAGGGAAUACACCAGAGAAGUGUAGCUCUGGUAGUUUUGUUCAUGAGCUUCAGAAGCGGAUGUAUGGGUCUGGUGGAUCUUCUGAUUUCAAGUUUACUUUUACUUCUACUGAUGAUGCCACUGACAGUCCUAGGCCACGUACUGCAAUGGAUGCUCUUAAGGAGGCUGCCGGUACUGAUUCUGCUUAUGCUGAUGCUGGAAAUUUGAUGAUGGAACAGAAUCGUGUUGCUGCGGAGCUUACCAAGAAGUUUGCACAGGAGAAGCCUGACAAGGAUGAUGAGGAGACCUAA